UGUAACACACCUUCGUAAUAAUGAAUGGAUUACCUUUGUCCACUUUCGAGUUACUCGUCAUCUCUUUGACCGUCGUCAUCUCGGCGAAGUUUAUUUCGAUGUUGUACCGACAGUUCACCUAUUGGAAGAAGAACAAUGUUCCAUAUAUAAGUGGAAUACCAGUGUUUGGGACCUCGUGGAAGUUUAUAUUUCGUGUCCUCAGUUUCCACGACUACUUCAAAUUCGUCUACAAUUAUUAUCCGGAUGUUAGGUACGUCGGGACAAUGGAUUUCUUCACGCCAGUCCUGUUCAUACGGGAUCCAGAACUGAUCAAGGAAAUAGGGGUGAAGAAUUUCGAUAAUUUCCCUGAUCGCCGAGGUUUCGUUACAGAAGAGAUGGAUCCGAUUUUCGGGAAAAAUGUUUUCUCCUUGAAAGGUGACCGAUGGAGAGAGAUGAGGAACGUGCUGAGUCCCUCCUUCACGGCCAAUAAGAUGAGAUUCAUAUUCGAGUUGAUGGGCAAGUGUUCCUCCGAUUUUGUCAAUUAUCUGUACGAUCAUCCGGAAUGUUGCACUAUGAUAGAGGUGAAAGAUGCCUUUACCAGAUACUCGAACGACGUUAUCGCCACGACAGCUUUUGGCAUAAGCGUGGACUCGAUGAAAGAUCGAGACAACGAGUUCUAUAAAAGAGGGCUCGAUAUUUCCUCGUUUGAUGGUGUUUCUCGUCUUGUAAAAUUCAUGUUGUUCCGGCUGAAUCCGUAUCUGACGAGAAUGGCGGGGAUCACGUUUCUAUCUAAAUCAACGUCGAAGUUUUUCUGUGACGCGAUUUCCAAGACGGUGAAUGCGAGAAAGGAACAGGGUAUCGUUAGACCGGACAUGAUUCAUCUAUUGAUGCAGGUUGAAAAUUUGAAGAAAUCUAGUUCGCAUCAGAUGCACAUCGACGAUAUCGUAGCUCAGGCCUUCAUCUUCUUCCUGGCUGGCUUUGACACCGUUUCCACCUUGAUAUGUUACUUGGUUCAUGAGCUGGCUUUGCACGAAGAUGUUCAGGAGCGGCUGCGCGACGAGGUAGACAGUUAUUUAGAAAAGGGGGACGGGAAUAUUUCUUACGAGGCCCUAUUGGAGAUGGAGUACAUGGAAAUGGUAAUAUCCGAGACGCUUAGACUGCAUCCUCCAACGUCUUUGGUCGAUAGAGUUUGCGCGAAGAAGUUCGAGUUACCUCCGGCGGCGCCAGGUUUUAGAGCCGUGACAGUGCAUCCCAAUCAGAAUGUUUGGUUUCCUGUUUUUGGGAUACAUCGCGAUCCCAAGUUUUUCCCUGAUCCCGAAAAAUUCGAUCCUGAACGAUUUAAUAGCGAAAAUAAGGGUACUAUCGAUCCUUAUGCGUAUAUACCUUUUGGACUUGGACCUAGGAAAUGUAUUGGAAAUCGUUUCGCGUUAAUGGAAACCAAGCUCUUGAUUGUUAACCUCUUACAGAAGUUUGUUAUAAAAGCUAACGAGAAGACGAAAAGACCUAUCGUGUAUCAGAAAGGUAAUUUUACGCUUAUACCGAAGACAGGAUUGUGGGUUACUUUGGAAAAAAGAGAUAAUUAG